CAUGGCGGAGGGCGCGCUGACUUUGCGCCUGUUUUUGCUGCUUUGUGUGCUGUGCGCGCUCCCGAGCUGGAGGUGGAGGUCAAGCUCCGUCAGCGCGCGCGGCCGGCUCGUGCAUCACGUGGACCGGAAGUUCGUAUCCGUUACCAUCGACGCCAGCCUGGCAGAAGACCAAAGAUUCAUGCGCUUGCUCAGCUCUCCUAAAGUGCGCGUGUUGGCCAAGGCUUUGUCGCCAGCGUUCGUCCGCUUCGGCGGAACCCGUCAGGACUUCAUGGAGUUCCAACCGCAUCGGAGAAGCAGACCCGCAGGCUGGCAGCCCCGACUCCUUUCGGAUCUAGGGGAGGACCUUCUCUUGGCUCGGUGGCGCAAACAACAAGAGCGGCUCACAGAGGAAGACGCCGGCGGGAAGUACCAACAGGUGGCGUUCACAGAGACCACGCUGGACGAGCUUCAUGACUUCGCCAACGCCACCGGGCUGGAUCUUGUCUUCGGACUCAACGCUCUGCUCAGAAGCGCUGACGGCAGCUGGAACUCGAGUAACGCGCGCCAACUCUUGCGCUACUGCGAGGAACGACGCUAUCGACUCUCAUGGGAACUGGGCAAUGAACCGAACAGUUUCGAGAAGAAGGCGGGGCUUCGCGUGAGCGGCGAGCAGCUGGGCGAGGACUUCAAGUGUCUUCGAGAUAUGAUGUCACAGUCGCCGUGGCACCGCCACGCAGGCCUCUUUGGGCCCGACGUGGGCCAGCCUCGAGGACACGGGCCGGACUUGCUGGACGGGUUCCUGCGCAGCGGAGCCGACGCCAUCGACGCCUGCACCUGGCACCACUACUACGUCAACGGUAGAGACACAUCUCUGGACGACUUCUUGGAUCCGAAAGUACUGGACUCACUGGCUCUGAAAAUCAAACAAAUCGUCCAGGAAGUGAAGCGCUUGUCUCCAGGGAAACCCGUGUGGCUCGGCGAGACCGGCUCCGCAUAUGGGGGUGGCGCCCCGGGACUGUCCGACACCUUUGCAGCAGGAUUCAUGUGGUUGGACAAAUUAGGACUGGCGGCCAGAGGGGGCGUGUCGGUGGUCAUGCGUCAGGUUCUGAUUGGCUCAGGAGCCUACCAUCUUCUAGACGAGCGACUGGAUCCGCUUCCCGACUUCUGGCUGACGCUGCUCUACAAACAUGUGGUAGGGACCGACGUCCUGAGCCCCGAUGGAUUUUCCGCGACGGCGGGAGGCGGCCGCGUUCGUCUGUACCUGCACUCAGCCACUCCCAGGUACGGAGAAGGCGCUGUCACGUUAAUCAGCGUCAAUCUCAAUAAAAUGGCCGCCAACGUCCGCGUGCCCAGGCGGCUGGCGAGCAGAGGCUACGUGGACGCUUUUGUGCUUCAGUCGGACCGAAGAGGAUUGGACGGACUUCUGUCUAGGCGCGUGAUGUUGAACGGCGUUGUCCUGAGCAUGACUGGUUUAAUGCUCCCCGAGCUGGUUGGACGGCGACUGGUUGUCUCCAAACACAUCCAACUUCCCGCCUUGUCGCUGGCCUUCUUCGUCUUCACGGAUCCGCCACCGGGGACGGGCACUAUUUCUAAUCGGUGUCUUUAAAAUAUGCCUUGAAAUAUAUAUUGUAUUUUUUAUUUUUACUGUAUAUAUGUAAACUGAACAUACUGUGAUUAACUUCAAAUGUGGAUGCAGUGAUACCUACUCCAAAACAGAUGCCCAAGUGUCACACUGAGUGAAGGAAAGUAGGAUUAUAACAUUUGUUUUUCUUUGUUUCUUUUCUAUUCAAUACACAACUUUAUAUUGUUAA